AUGGAAACGCCUGGGCUGUCGUUUAGUCGCCGAGUUCUAUUGCUUAAACAGCGACUUUGUAGUAGUGAGUGGCCUGGCAGCUCGCGUGUCACGGGGAUUUUUCUGCACCUUUUCCGACGACUUGCUGGACCGAACGGCAUAGAGAAACCAAGAGAGAGCACGGAAGCGAGAGCGGACAGAGAAAGCACUCGACUGAAGCUUGGGCCGUUUCGGCAGCCGUGCUGUCCAAUCAUGUGUCGAGUCGUGGGGAGAAAAAAAGGGCACGCUGCGUCCUUUCGAUCCUUCACGCUCUCGUUUGCUGAACCGACGAGUCGACGCGUCUAUUUAGUGACGUCGCGAAGUGGACCCCAAACCCUGGGACACUUCGAACAAGCUCGAGGUAUUGGGCCCCCACGACUGACCAUUGAUUUGAUUCUGGACGCUAUGGCUGCUGUCAGCAUUGAAGACAUUGCUGAAUGGCAGUAG